GUGCAGUGAAAAGACUGUUAUGAUUCACUUUCUUCCUUGAGGUCUCUUAAGCGAGCAUGUAUUUUUAUAGUAUUAUGCUUUGGGCAAUAUUCGUUUCUCUUGUAAAUAAAGGGAAGGCCUGUUGAGAGUCCAUAAGACACAUUUAGAAUGAGUAUGGAUUGAGAAUUUGGAAAAUCUGUAGACUCAAGUGAGCUGAUGUUUUUUAUUGCUAAUAUUCUGCCAAAGCUUAGUUGAAUUUUGAGGAGAAAAUCUUACGGGGAUUUAGUAUAGAAUCUACCGCAAAAGCAACGUUUAAACAGCUUUUGUAGUAAGGCUUCAUUUAAGUAUGCAUACUUUCUUGUGCAGCUUACAUUCUCUACUUGUAUUUAAAUGGAUAUACUUUUGAUGACUUAGUAAUAAAGACUAAAAUAAAGAAGACAGAUUAUUGUAUUCUGUACCACAUUAGCAAUCAAGUUAGGGGUAUUUACAGUAGAUAGUACUAGUUUUUGGGGUAUAAGUUCUUUACCAACUUGAGACUCUUCCUUACAGAAUAUAAAUGAAUAUGUAGCCGCAUUAAUUGCACUGAAGCAAAAAAUGAUUGAUGGAGAGUAAGUACAAUUGCAUGUAUGUUUUUGUUUGGUGGGCUGGGUUUUAUUGCUCUUAAGUGCUUAAAACAAUGCAGGUGGAUGCACCACACUAAAUGCUCCAAAAUGAAAGUAACUUCUUCACAAGCGGUUCUAAAUCUAGACUGUAAGACUUCUUUAAUAUAAGCUCUAAAGCAAUGGUAUGUAAUGGCAGUAAACGGUGCUAAGUACAGGCAGAAGCAGCUCUGUGAAGAGAUUUAUUUCAUUUGUUUAUCUAUAAAUUUAUUUAUAUUAUUAUCUCAUUUAUUUGUGUUCAUUUAUUUCAUUCUUGUGAAGAAUAUGAGAAAUAAAGUCGAGUACAGGUAUGUAUGAACCUUUUAAACAGAAUUAAGUCUGAUCAUUAGAGUGUGAAAUGCUUUUGUAUUAAAUAUCAGAAUAUGGAAAGUGAAGCUGAACAUUUUUCAGAACAAUAAGGUUCUAAAAUACUUCUUAUAAUUUGUUUUCUCUUAUUGCUUGCAGUUCUUCUCAAAAACCAUCAACAUAUGCUUGUAUGGAAUAAAAUAUCAAGAUCUGUUAUGUAUACCUCCUAGUGUGGCCUAAUAUGCAUGCUAUGCCUCCUAAUUGUAAUGUUUUGUUUCUCAUGUACUCUCUCCCAGAUACAUGUCAAUUUGGCUUGAGUGAAUCUAAAUUCCAGUCCUGCAUUCUGGUUUCCAAACAGUAUUUAAGAGAGCACACACCGGGACCCUUUUUUCAAAGCUCCUUUACUAUGUGUGAUUCCUUUUCUGACCUCCAGACUUUGUAUCCCUCUUCCUUCUGCCAAUGCACACAAUUCUUGUGGGAAUUGCCUCUUUAACUACUUGCAGCUCAGCCUUUCUUUUUUUGCCUUUCUUGAUUACUCUUAAAUGUUGCAAGAGAAAGUAAUGCAACCCUCUCUGUACUGGGGUAAUGGCCAUGGUAUUUCUCUUUCUUGUCCUUUCUUCUCACAGUUCUUAAAAACCAUAGCAUUUAAGGAAAGAGUUACUUUCCUUCCUGCUGUCCCUCUUGGAUCAGGGUGUUACCCUCUUAUGGCUGCUGGGAGAAUAAUGUAAAGAUUAAGGCAUUUUAGGGUCUUUUGAAAUAUUUUUCUGAGAUUUAUGUGUUCUUUUUUAGGAGAACAUCUUUUUAAGUUUUAGGAAAACAUCCUUUUGGUAACAUGUUAUAUAUGUAUCUUUUAAUUUAUGCAUGUAUAUUAAUCUUUAUAUACAUAUAUAUACAUAUGUAUAUAAAUUUUUACCUAAACAGUAUUUUUUUUAUAAACUGCAAUUAGUUGAUGGCUACAAAGUAAUGUAACUCAGUGAGUUUUUUAUAUUUCAAAGCAGUCUGAUUUGAGGUUUGAAUGGCUUAAUGAAACAAAAGGGUUAUAUUGACUACUAUCAGAAAAUGCAAACCAAUCUUGCACUUUCUGUAUUUAUCUGUAAAGCAAAAGGAGAGGUAUCCUGAGACAUAAUUGUCAAAAUUGGGGGAGAAAAUUAGUAAAGUCUUUUUUUCUUUACUUGCAGUCGUUUGCUGACAGAAUAUCAACAGAAAUGCACUGAUAUCCUUUACUUUUCUAUUAGUGUCCUUACAGAAUUACUAUACUUAUAACACUUCUUAUAAGAGUACUUGAGACUUUUUACUUAAGGUUUAAGUAGUGAUAUCUCCAGUGAAGAACAAACUGGGUAGGUUUUAUAAAGAAAAUAGGCCUUUGGAAUUAAAACUAUCCACUUAAAUUCUGUCUGUGUCUAAUAUAUGGUUCAAGAUGGUCUAUUUGAAAUCUGUAUUGCGUGAGAAUUACUCACGUAACAGAAGAAGCUCUGCUUAUUCACUUCAAGUGUACUGAAAUGUAUGUAUUAAACACUUAGUUGUGCAAGUCUUGUGGAGUUUUUUGUGUGAGGAAGUUUUUAUUGGAUGUUUCUUUGCAAGUGGCAAUUGAGUUGAAAUACAUUUAAGGACAUUUGAUGAACUGUUUUUAAUUUCUACCUUAACAAGAGAUUACAGCUUCAAUUUGCUGAACGAGUUCUCUCAAGAUUUAUCGUGAGAGUCAACUGGAAUAUGUUAAAAUUAAAGAAGAAAUAGUAAACAGUGAUGCUAUGAGAAAGAAACUGGAAAUAAAAGUGAAGAAGCUUGAAGAGGCUGCAACAAAGCAUACACAGGAGUUCAGACAACUGAAAACUGAGAAGAAAAGGCUUGAAAAGGAGCUUAAAAAGGCACAAGGAAAACUUGAUGGUGUAUUUAAAGAAAAGUGCAGAAAAGUUAAGCAUGCAGAGACCCAGAGUUCAAGUGAAGAUCUUAAAACAGAUAUAGACAAAGUAAAAGUGAAGCUCUUGUUAGAAGAACUCUGGAUGUGCAUUGACAGUGCAACAGGAAAAAGAGAGAAUGAGGAAAAUCAUCCUGUCUUGGCUUCUCUUCAGGAUAAGACAUGGUCUGAAAAAAGAAGACUGACUGUCACAGAAGACACUUUACAAAUCCACCAAAAGAUCAAGAAGUGUGAUGGCAAAACACUACCUUGGUAUUCUUCAGUGGAAAGUGCUGUAAAGCAAAAUUCUCUAACAGCCAUGCAACUUCAAGCGAGUACUGAGCCUUUUGGAGAUGAUUGUGUUGAGAACAGAACUAUUGAAGAAUGUCUGCAUAGCAGUGAGGAUAAAAAUGUUGAUGUGAUAAUACAGACAGGUGGGGAGCACAGCACUUCAGGCUUCUCUGAUCAGGAGCAAAAGGGCUCAGGUGGAAAUGUGAUGGAAAUAUUGAAUUGGGCCAGGCCUCUCCCUGCUUUACUUUCUCCAGUACAACUUUCACCACUGACUACACAGGAUAUGUUGUUUGGAGAAGUCACUUGUUCCAGUGAUGAAGAAGGUGAUUGCAGUGCUUCUGCAGCAGAAGAUAUUUUACAAGAAGACCAAGUUCAGCCUCUGAGUUGUAAUGUAGUCAGCCUCAAUGAGGAGUGCAACAGACAGAGUAAAUCAUGUGAGCAUGGUCUUGAUGCAGAAAUCUCACUUAAUCUGAGUUGGAAUGAAAAGAACAUUUGUAUCAGUCCAAAGAUGUCAAGCAAAGAGGAGAGAGAGGCUGAAAUAAAGCUAGCUGAAGCUGCUACUUUUAUUACAAACAUGGAAACUAACAAAGAUUGUUUGGAGAAUUCUGAGAAUAUAGAAGCUGAGAACAGAGAAGAAGCAACAGUACACAAACUGGAAAACAUUAAAGAACAGAAAAGAGAUAGUGAGAACAUGUACAGUGAAGAGGGAGGUUCUUUAGCUAAUGUUAUGUUACAAAGUUCCAAGUCUCAGAAUCAGAUGGAAAAAAGUAGUGAGCAAACAAAAGAGAAUGUAACCUUAAUCAGAGCUGUUGAUAAUGAGGGUAAACAUGAAAAUCAUGGUGAAUUAAUGAAAGCAGAAAGAGGUGGAUUAUUAGAAGAGAGAGGAAGUCCCAGGAAAGUAUCUGUUCCACAAAGUGUAACUCAUUUGCCAGCUGAGCAAUGCAUUGUGCUUCAAAGUGAAGAUUCUGAGGAGAAAUCUGGUAUGUUGAUGCAGAAUGAAGUUGUUGAAAACGAAUCAAAAAAUGUAAUCAAAGUAACUAAUACGGCUGGAGCUAUUGAGAUCUCUGCACACUCUCAGUGCUCUGAAAUAAAACAUGACAGUGAAGAGAUACUGGAGAAACAACAUGUGCAAACAGUAAAAGAUGAAGUGGGCAGAGAAUGUGAACCAGAGACUGUUAAAGUCUCUAGGCAUUACUUACCUAUAUCUGCUAUUGAAGGAAUCAGAAAUUUAUUGUCAGCCUUUCCAAAAGAUGAACAGUUUAAAAGUGAAAACAUGAAUGUAACCAGAGCUCCAACUAUUGAACUAGCCAUGAAAUUUAACAGAGGAAGUGUUCAAAAAAUAACUGAAUCAUCAGAGUUACUGCAUAGUACAGAAAAUGGAAAGUUAGUAGGCAUAAAGAAGGGGGGAUAUAUGAAAAGCAAACCACAUCAGGAAGAAAAUUGUAGUAAUUUAUCUCAAGGGAAGUCAGACUUGGGAAGUAUACUUGCACUACCAAAGAGAGCAUGCAUUAUUGAUGCAGGAAGCAGUGUAGCUAAGUGUGAAUCCUCUGUGUUAGAUUUUACAGAAGUGAAAGGUGAAAUAAAACACUCUGAAAACUUGUAUAGUACAUUAGAAUGUGAGCAGUCCAAAACUCAAAACUUUAGGGAGUUUGAAUCUCGAGAGACUCAAUUCAAAGUUAAUCCAGAAGAUUUUGGAGAGGAAAGCAGUGAGCUGUUAGCAAGAGGAGAUUCUAUUGAAUCUAUCUUAGUAGAAAGUAAUCUUACUUCUCAGGCACAGUUUGCAAAACCUCUCAAUCAGUUCUUGAUAACUGAAAAUAUUAAAUGUGAUGAAAUAAAAGGGGAAUUAAAUAUGGUGACUGAGACUUGCUCCAGUUCAUUUAACUCUGAAAAUAAUGCUGUGAAGAAAAAUAAUUUUUCAGGGAUCAUCUGCCAGCCUGCUUCGGAAACGGAUUAUAAAAGUGGCUUGGCUUUUUCUACUCAAGAGGACUACUUGAAGAAUCACUGUAUAAAUAAUGAAGAAACAGAUUCUCCUGUGCAAGUAGGAAUUGGCUUGGAAUCCACAAGGCCUCCUGAUCUAAAUUUCAGUCUUCUGAAAGUUGUUGGUUUUGUUGAAACUAAUGUCACAGGAAAGGCUGCUUUUUCCUGUACAUGGGAAAACAAGGGAGAUACAAAUUGUGUUAUGGGUAGUACAUUUAACUGUUCUUCAGAAAGCUUGGAAGAGAGUGCUGAUAUCCUGUCUGCUGAAAAAGGCAACAUGUGCAAAGAACUGGGCUGCCCUGAGAGGGGAUAUGUACACAAAAACGAAGUGAAAAUUCCAGAUAAGGAGCAAACAGUAGAUAAAGAACCUCAGGCAUCUGUUAAAUCACAGAUAUUGGAUGCAAACUGUUAUAAGAAGAAUGCUUUUCUCUUCCAAAAGUUUGAUUGUCAAGAAUCAGGAUGCAGGCCUUCUACAUGGGAGGUUAGAACAGAUCCUUCUAGAACUGGUUCACUGUUAGCUGGGGGAGAAAGCAAAGAACUGAAUAGUUCUGAGGGAUCUAGGGAAAAUGCCCUUAAAAGGUGUAAAAAUGAUUUUGAUAUGUCAGAGCAGAGCAAUGACUCUGAAGAGAAAGACUGUUCUAUACAAAAAGUUAGGUAUGUGAAAUGUUCUAAAUGUGGUCCCAUAUUCAGAAAGGAACUGAGAGCUUCCAAGAGAAUUGCAGUGGGUGGUCUGGAAACUGGUGCAAUUGUUGAUGCUGAUUACCAGCUGUGUGAACUUCAUUCAGUGAUGCACCCAGGAAAUACUUUUACAGUUAGUCAUCUAAAAGCAGGCACUAUGGUGGAUAUAGAUACAUGCUGUGAACCAAACAGCUCUGGAGAUACUGCAAAGGAGUGGCCAAGUGUGACUGGGGAGGGUUAUCCUAAAGACUCAGCCUCUUGGAAAAGGGAGUUUAUAUUAGUAACCUCUGAAAAUACUGAGGGUGAUAAUGAACUCAUAGAUUCUAACAUUGCUGGAUGCAUCAAUGACAGUGAGGAAAGUCUUUUAAAAGCUGUGACAUCAAAAGAAAGCCCUGUGAUGCCAAGUGCUUCAAAAAAUAGGUUACCACUAUGCAAGAUGUUAACUAGAUUCUCAGAAAAUUGCAGGCUGACUGUAAAAACCAGUAAAUUAAAUACAAGAGUGUUAGCACUUGGCAAUUUCUUAGAAGGAAAUGAUUCUGCAAAACUGCAGUCAAAUGUGGAACAAGGUCUACUACGCAGUGUUGAUAUGGGGGUCUCAGUGUUUGAAGAAUAUAAUAAUAAUCACGCCUCUUGCAACAUAAGAGAAAACAACACUGAUGUUAUCAUAGAUAGUAGUAGUAGAAAAAAAAUUUUCCUCAAGUAUCUUCCAAAUCCAGCCCUAUCUGAUGUUAGGUGCAGUUGUCAGACAGUUAGGCAACCCUCUGAGCCACAAAAGACAGUAUUUGAGAAGUUAUGCAUGUUGGAAUCAGAUUCUUGUGCUCUCAAAAAGAGCAAUAAAUUUAAGUGCCAAGAGCAAGAACCAUCUGAAGUCUCUACUGUUUCUACCAAGACAGCUGCCCAAGUAAUGCAUACCAAGCUAUCAAAGAGACUGUUUAAAAGUAGAAGAAAAACAAAGACUCUCGAAGUUACUCAGCCAGUUCUUACAAAUGCUGAUACUUCUAUGCCAACAAAAUGCUCAUCUGAGAUGAUAAAUAAAAUUAGACAAGAGAUAGGUCCUCCUCUGCCCCCCUUGCUACUGCCUUUGAUUUCCAGUCCUCCUAAAACUGCUGGUAUCAUGUCCCCAGUAAUGUCUUCUACAGGUCAAUCCUCUUUGCUCUCCCCUCUUGAUGGCCUGAUAUCCCCACUACAUGACACUCCUGUUCUUCCUCUCAUUUCUCCAUUAACAGAUACUCCAACAGUAAAAUCUGCUCUUUUAUUUUCUCCUCCCUCACCCUCAGAAGUGGCAGUAGGUAGAAGGAUUUGCUCCUCACCUUUGAAAUUUUGUACUUCCAUUCCAAAGCACGCACUUCCCGUUCCAGGAAGAUUUCCUCUGUUUGCAGCUGAUAGUGCUAGUCCAGGUGCUCCUCAAGAGAACUCUGUGAAAAUAUUGGACACUAUGUAUCCAGAGCUGUCUGCAAGGGCAAGGACACUAAACAUUCUGAAAGGCAAUAUUCAACUUAACCGAUGUGCUUUGUCAGAGAGCCAAAGUUUGCCAGGACCUGUGUCUCAGAUAUGCGGAUUCAAAGCAAUUGCAUCUACAUCAACUGCUUUUGUUAAAACUGGGAGCAAUUUGAAAUCUGAUAGUAGCAAAGAUGAAGACAAAGAUGUGCAAAAUCAGCAAUUGUUUUCAAAUUCAUCAAAUCGUCUUGAAAAAAGGACACUAUUGCAGGUAUCUAUGCCAAGAAGUGCCAAGAGACUGAGGUUGGAUAGUGAACCACCAAAGCUGGAGCCCAAUGAUACUGCUGCUAUCAGAAAUACUAAAAAUACAAUCUCUGAAAUGCAGAAGGCUUUCCAUGGUAAAAGCAGUGAAAUUAGCGAUUCAUCACACAGUUCCAGUUUAGAAGCAUCACUACCAAUAAAGAAGGUUAUUGAUCCUGACUGCCAGAAAGUUUCUUUGGCAUUAAAGAAAGUUGCUGAGUCCUGUUUUGACUUGUUACCAGUUAUUAAAGGACACGUGUAUGUUGGCAAUAUCUCAAAGAUUCCGAUAAUGAGAAAUGAAGAGAAAGAAGUUGUCUAUGAAUUUGGUAUAAAAAACAAGCAUUUAGCAGAGUCCUUGCUGCAUGUUAUUCUCAAUAAACUCAAGGGUCAGAAGAAUGCCACAAAUUACAACUUCAGUCAGGCUCUGUGUCGAGUCUAUGCAGGAAUUUGUCAACAGUUGGGAGAUUUGGAAAGAGCUCGCCUUUUCUGCUAUAGCCUACUUAAAGAAGACUUUCCAGACUCAGAAAAAAUGAUUUUAUUUAUCACAAAUGUAUGGCCUGACAUCCUUGUCUCCCAAGGUGCAGUUAACAAAGCUAUGCAAUUAGUUGUCAGGCAGAGUGCAAGCAAUGAGAUGCUGACCUGUUUGAGUGCUUACCUCAACUGGGAACAGAGUUCCUCUUUAGAUGCUGGUAUUAUGGUCUCAAACCUGCUUUUAGAAAUGCAGUCAUGUACAAAAGUAGAAUUUCAAUUGAGUGAGCACUAUGGAGAAGAUCUGAGUGAAGAUGCUUGGCAGUACAUAUUUGCUAUUGAUCUACUCUGCUCUCACCUGAAGUGGGAUUGGACACAUGACAAUGUUAUAAGCAAAGUGCUUUGGCCUUCUAUGGAUAAUUGGGUAAAGAAGAGAAAGGGGCAGGAAACUGCUCAGUCCAUUCGUGAUAGUGUUAUAGCACUGACACUCAGGCUAAUUGGUCGAUUGGGCCAAAUAGGUUUGAAGGAAGGAUAUCUUGCUGCAGUGAAGAAUAUUAGUUCUGUAAUUGGACUGUUUGUACAGCAUGCAAAAGAGGAAGAUGUUCCCUGGGGUGUGCAGCUGGCAGCCAUAUAUUCACUGUGUGACUUGGGUUCAAGCAAUCCAGAAGGUAUUGUUGAGGCCGUCCAUGCUUGGAGAGCAACAGUUCUUAACAACAUCCCUUCUGCUGUCAUAAGUGGCAUAGCUGAAAUCACUUCUCUAUGUGAAAUGGAGCUAAACUAAAAUCUAGGGAAGUGGACUGAUCUAAAGGAAGACGUGCCUAACCAACUAAGCAGUAGUUGGUUCCAGUUAAAAACUGUAUUAAUACAAAGUGGUGUGUCUUCUUGUAUUUCAUGUUUUUAAACAGAAUGUCUGAUUAUGCAAAGCAAGCUCAAGUAUUUUACUUGGCUUUUCUGUUUGAGGGAAGAGUUUUUAAAAAAUAAAUUAAAAUACUUACUUUUCAGUGAUCUGAAAACCAGUGCAUCUUCACCUUCUGAGGUAUUUCUGGUUUGAUGUCAAUAAAAAUCAGUAAUACUUUUCAUUCUUUUCCUUCCAUCAAUUUGGAGUAUGGCUAUUUGACACAACAGAAAAUUCAGCCUGACUUGGAAACCUAACUCUAUUAUUUUGUAAUCUAUUUAUAAAGUAACCAUUCAGAUAGCAGAACUUUGCCCAGAUUCUGCUUUAUUUUGCAUGGGUAAUCUCAUAAACUUGACUUAAAAUAUCCGUGCAAAACAGGUAGGAAUUGACUUUUUCUAUAGCAAUCAUGUAUAGAAUAACAGAGAUAUUAAAUCUCUCAGCUUGUAUAUAUGGUGUAUUCUAGUGUGUCUCACAUUUGGUAUUGCUCCACUUGGGAAAUUUUGUGUAUGUAAAUAGAGAUUUGGUUCAAAAAAAGUUCAUGUUUGUAAUGGUAGUUUACUAGACUCUGUUUUUGUAUCUUUCAUAAUAAAAGAAAAAAACACU